CUUUGAAAGAACCCGUACAUGAUUUCCAUAAACCUUCUUAAACAUUACCCAAAUACUUCCACAGCCAAAUGCAUCUCCGACGGUGGUUAUCUUGGCGGGGAGAGAGGCCCGUCCGGCGCCCCACAUCAAUGGAUUGGCGGCUGAACAUACCCGGCAGAAAACCAAUCCCAUCACCGCCAACAGGUUCAUCGCCGGUUCAGUCCAGAGCUCAACCAUAGCUCGAGGUUUAGACGCGCAACAAACCUCGAUACCAGCAAACAAGCAAGGAGGUCUACUGUCAAAAUCGAGCACAACACUCCGCGACCCCAGCCCCGUCCAACCUCAAGACCAACCUCCAACUACAACCUCAACACUCUCACCACUCCAACAUCCAUCGAUCUACAGCACCACCGCGAAACUACCUCCCGGCACCACCAACAGAAAAUGGUCCGCAUCAAACACCGCUACCUCCUCCUCGACAUCCUCUACCCCGACCCGACCACCUGGCCCCGCAAGCCUGUCUCUGUAUCCUCAUCAUCGACCCCGCAACUCCAGAUCCACGCGCCCACCUCCGACGCCCUGACCCCGAGUCUGCUGGCCAAACUGGUCCGCGAACAGGUCGCCGAGUUAUUUGGUGAUUGGGGCGUUGGUCGGCUGGGCGGGGCUGGUGCUGGUGGUGUCAGUGGUAUGUUUUCCCCAUCCCCCUAUUUCCCAUUCCCGGGUUUGCAUGGUGUGUUGUUGUGGGAGGAGAUUGUUUGUUCCUUCUUGUUUGUGACAGCGGAUUCGAUGUCCUUCGAUAUUGUCUGUGGACAAGGAUGAGGGAGUGGUUCGUUACAAGCUAACUCUUUUUUCUUCGGGGGCAGUCAAAUACCUCUCCCCGGCUACAUCCACCGCAAUCAUCCGGUGUCCCCGGGCGUCGUUCCGGCUGGUGUGGAUGGCGUUGACGUGUUUGGAGGCCGUGCCUGAUAUGAAUGGCGGGGGACGGAAUGCGGCGUUGACGCGACGGUGCGUGGUGCGCGUGGUGCGCGUGUCCGGAACGAUGCGGAAGGCCGAGGAGGAGGCGAUUCGGCGGGCGAGGCGGGAAAUUCUGAAGGUUCGUGGGGGUGUUGACGAUGCUGGGGUU